GGCAGGGCCUUCGUUCAUCCCCAGACCGACAGCCUAGGCCUGCUUUGCCCACAGUUCCUUGGAGGUCUCCGGGGGGCUGCCAGGGUCCGCCCACUGCCUGGGAGGCGGGUCGGGCCCCUCUCGUCACUGCAUGUCCUGGGGGAGGGGCGACAGAGUAAAGGCUGCUACAGCAGGACGGAGCCGAGAGGGAGGGAGGCGGAUUGAUACAGGCAGGGUGGGCUUGCAAAAAGGUGCCUCUCCCUUGGAGAUCGAUCGUUGCUCCAGGGGAGCUCCGGGACUGUUAGGUGAGCGGGAGUCUCCAGAGCAGCAACUUUGAGAGCUGCUCCAAAAUCUGCAAACAUUCUCUGCUGCAAGGAAACCAGAGUGAUGUCAUCAGAGGAUGAUACUGGUGGGGCGGCAACCAGUGGCAGUUUCUGGGAGCCUGGCAACUACAAGCGGACAGUGAAGCGGGUGGAUGAUGGAAACCGGCUGUGUAACGACCUUGUCUCCUGCUUCCAGGAGAGAGCCAAAAUUGAGAAGAGCUAUGCACAGCAACUAACUGACUGGUCCCGCAAAUGGAGGACUGCUGUGGAGAAGGGCCCUCAAUACGGCACACUGGAAAAAGCCUGGCAUGCAUUCCUGACUGCUGCAGACAAACUUAGUGAGAUCCAUCUAGAAGUACGGAACCGCCUGGCUGGUGAAGACUCGGACAAGGUUAAGGCCUGGCAGAAGGAAGCCUACCAUAAGCAGAUGAUUGGUGGCUUCAAGGAGACAAAAGAAGCAGAGGAUGGGUUCCGCAAGGCCCAGAAACCCUGGGUGAAAAAAUUGAAGGAUGUGGAAACUGCUAAAAAGAAUUACCACAAUUCUUGUAAAGAGGAGAAGUCUGCACAGACACGUGAGAAUCAUGCCAAAGCCGAUUCUUCUGUAUCACAGGAGCAGAUGCGUAAACUGCAGGAACGUGUUGAGAAAUGUGCACAAGAAGCAGAAAAGUGCAAGGAUCAAUAUGAGAAGAUGCUGGAAGAGUUGAAUCGCUAUAACCCUCGCUAUAUGGAGGACAUGGAGCAGGUCUUUGAGGGCUGCCAGGAAGCAGAGUGCAAACGCCUGUGCUUCUUCAGAGAGAUGUUCUUGGAUCUGCACAAACAUCUCAACCUGUCAACCAAUGAUAGCUUCCAUGCACUUUACCGGGAUUUGUUUCAGGGAAUAAUGGCUGCAGAUGACCAAGAAGAUCUGAAGUGGUGGCGCAAUACCCAUGGGCCAGCCAUGGCUAUGAACUGGCCUCAGUUUGAGGAAUGGUCUCUGGAGACACAGCAAGUAAUCAGUAAGAAGGAGAAAGGUGGGAAAAGUGGUGAAGAUGUGACUUUGACCAGCAUUGUGCCUGCAGGGGAUGGUGUGAAACAGACCCCUCCACCAACAACGCAAAGGUUUUCAUACCAGGAGGAGCAAAACAGUCACUUCUAUGACACCCUGAAGGCCUCAGCCUGUAUGAAUGGAGGGAAAGAAGAAAUUUCAGAGUGGUCGGAUGAGGACACUCCCAAGAAGUGUCUGGAAGUCAACGGGCAUGAGGACAUAAAGGUACCAGGCGUGCGGGUGCGAGCACUGUAUGAUUACACAGGACAAGAGGCUGAUGAGCUGAGCUUUAAAGCAGGUGAAGAACUCAUGAAGAUCAGUGAAGAGGAUGAACAGGGCUGGUGCAAAGGCCGGCUUCAGACCGGUCAGGUUGGACUAUAUCCCGCUAACUACGUUGAGAAAGUAACUUUGUGAUUGCGUCUUCCCCUGCCCUUUAAGGUUUGCAUCUUGCUUGCAUUUUCUCAAGAGGUCACUAAAUCAUUGACCUUCAACUUGCAUCAAAAUACAUGACAACAGUCUGGACCUUUCUGAGGACACACUUUACUUCUAACCAGUGCUUCAUUUUAAACAUCUAGAAAUAUGGUGGUUUUUUUCUAAUAAAGAUAUAUAAAAUUUUCUGAA